AUGAUGAUGGAGGACAGCUGGGAGUACCACACCGACAAGUACACCAACAUCACGAUGUUCAAGUCCGUCAGUUCGGAGUUUUCCAAGACGUACUUCAACAACGACAUAUACCUACGCUAUCUGAACCCAAUCUUUGACGCCUUCAUCCCCGUCGUCGCCAUCUCCACCAUCAACAUCAUCAUCGCCAGAACUCUCCACCAACGGAACCGCCUGCAGAAGGCUCUCACGGUCGCAGACUCGAAGAAUGGCACCAAAUACAGGGAGUCAAGGCGGAUAACCACCAUGGUGGUAUUCAUCUCACUAGAAACGCUAGUGACACGGUCCACGCGGAUGGUCAACUUCAUCAUCCAGGGCUACUACGGCACCCUCUACAUUAACGAGUGUCCCCUGUACUGUGGUGUUGUGGCCGCUCUUGCCCACUUCCUCACCAUCACCAACGCCACCUUCAACUUUUUCUGCUUCUGCUACUUCGGCACCAAGUUCAGGAGAUGUUUCUUACGGAAAUAUUUCCGGGUCCCGAAGAACAUCCGGCAAGCAACUUCCGGCGGGGGAAAGUGAGAGCAGACGUCAACAGUAACCUGAGCUCAACCGUCCAGUCAGCUGAUGGCCAGUCAACCGCCACAAGGGAGCUGAGCUUAAGCAGCUGCUCGACGGUUGAGCAGCUGUGAGCUAAGCUAAGCUCCAAACUCUGGCACAUUAUGUAGA